CGCUCGGGUAACAAACAGUGACGUAGUGUGCGUAAUGUCCCAGUGACGUUUAUCAGGAAAGACAGAGAGAUGGAGAGAAAGGUCACAUGUGCAGAAUGUGUCAUUUGAAAUGGACACAGAGUGGGAAUCUUGGACGGGCUUGGUUUGAAAGGUGAAGUGAACUGUUGCUGUCAAACUUAAUAUUUAUGCUGCGGGGAAAAUAAAAUCAGGAGCAAUCAUGUUAAAAGUAUUAAACAUAUUACCUGGGAAGCCCUUCAUCAUAAGCUCUCUGCAUACAGAGUGCCUGCAUUGCUGUAGAAGAAGAGCCUUUCACAAUAGAAAAAUCAAAUAUUAUUUUCAACAUCACAGGCAGGUUCACUUACAAGCAGGAGAUGUCAAAUCACUGCGGACCAUCAUUAAUCCUCCAACAUCCAAGAUCAGAAAUAUUGGCAUUAUGGCACAUAUAGAUGCAGGCAAGACAACUACUACUGAAAGAAUGCUUUACUACUCUGGAUAUAUACGGGCACUUGGAGAUGUUGACGAUGGGGAUACAGUGACUGAUUUCAUGGCACAAGAAAGGGAGCGAGGAAUCACCAUUCAAUCAGCUGCCGUAACAUUUGACUGGAAUGGACACAGGAUCAACCUGAUCGACACGCCAGGGCACGUGGAUUUCACUGUGGAGGUAGAACGAUCCCUGAGGGUGCUUGAUGGGGCUGUUGCUGUAUUCGAUGCUUCAGCUGGAGUAGAGGCUCAGACACUGACAGUGUGGAGGCAAGCAGAUCGGCACUCCAUACCACGCCUGUGUUUCUUAAACAAGAUGGACAAAACUGGGGCCAGUUUUAAAUAUGCCGUGGAGAGCAUCAAGGAAAAAUUAAAAGUGAAGCCGCUGGUAUUACAGUUACCAGUGGGAGAGGGCAAAUCAUUCAAAGGACUGGUGGACCUGGUCAGCAUGGAGACUAUUCUGUGGAGUCCCAGAGCCCCUGAGGAUGACGGGAAAUGCUUUGAGAGGAAAGCUGUGAAGGAAACAAGUGAUGUAGAAAUACUGAACAUUGCCAGUGAUGGAAGGAAUGCCUUAAUAGAACAAGUUGCAGAUCUUGAUGAUGAAUUUGCUGCCUUGAUUCUAGGGGAAUACAGUGACAAUUUUGAUUUGGUGCCACUUGAAAAGUUACAGACGGCAAUACGGCGUAUUACCCUAGCACAGUUGGCGGUUCCAGUCCUGUGUGGAAGCGCUUUAAAGAAUAAAGGUGUUCAGCCUUUACUGGAUGCAAUUACUUUAUACUUGCCCUCUCCAGAUGAUUCUUCUCAUGAUUUUGUGCAGUGGUAUCAAGGGGACCUGUGUGCAUUAGCAUUUAAAGUUCUACACGACAAGCAGCGGGGGCCCAUGGUGUUUGUGCGGAUAUACUCGGGAAACAUGAAGCCACAAUCAGCAGUAUAUAAUGUGAACCAAAACUGCACAGAGAGGAUGAGCCGUUUGCUGCUGCCAUUUGCUGAUCAACAUGUUGAAAUUCCUUCACUGUCAUCAGGCAAUAUUGCUCUAACUGUUGGCCUGAAGCAAGCAGCUACAGGGGAUACCAUUGUCUCCUCCAAGGCGUCGGUAGCAGCUGCUUCAUGCAGAGCAGGCCGGGAGGGAGACAAGAAGGGAAGAGAUGGAAAGACACAGGGAAAUCUUGUACUGGCUGGUGUGGAGAUUCCAGAACCCGUCUUCUUUUGUACCAUUGAACCUCCCUCUGCAGCCAGACAGCCAGAUCUGGAAAAUGCUUUAAGGUGUCUGCAGCGUGAAGAUCCCAGCCUGAAAGUAAGGUUGGAUGCUGACUCUGGCCAAAUGGUUCUGUGUGGGAUGGGUGAGCUGCACAUUGAGAUUAUCCAGGAGCGCAUCAGGCAGGAGUACGGACUAGAGACCUAUCUUGGACCAUUACAGAUUGCAUACAGGGAAACCAUCCUGAGUGCUUCUUGUGCUUCAGACACUCUGGACAGGACAGUUGGGGAUACGCGGCAUCUGGUUACAGCAGAACUGGAAUUGAAACCCUGUGAUACCGACAGUCUUGGACCAAACCCCAUUAUUGAAUACGCUGAAGAGAUUCCUGAGCAGCUACUACAGGGCUUUAAAGAAGCAGUGGAAAAUGGCAUCAGUAGCUCAUACCUGCAAGGUCCCCUGCUGGGCUCCCCUUUGCAAGAUGUUGCAGUUACAGUAAAUGCAGUCAGUGUGCAUCCCGGUACCUCUGUUACAAUGGUGUCCGCCUGUGUUUCCCGCUGUAUGCAGAAGGCACUGAAGAAAGCAGAAAAACAAGUGCUGGAGCCUUUGAUGAAGCUUGAAAUCACUCUGAGCGAGGACCAUCUGAGCUGUGUGUUGGGGGACCUUGCACAAAGGAGAGGCAACAUCCAGGAAAUACUGAGUCGCUCCGAUAACAAAGUUGUGGUUGCGUAUGUUCCUUUAGCAGAAAUGAUGGGCUACUCUACAGAUCUGCGCUCCUUGACAUCAGGGUCAGCGACAUUCAGCCUUGAGCUGUCGAACUAUGAAGCAAUGAACAUCCAGGAUCAGAAUGCAUUACUCAAGAAAAAGGGAUUUGCAUAAUGUUGAUGCCCACUGGGCUACUGCAGUUUCACACCAACAUUUGCUCUUAAUUCUCAUGUGUAACAUAAUAAUACUUUGCCAAUAAAAUACCAAGAAUUA